AUGCGCACUACUUCCCAGAACGCAAACCCCACACGUCGACACACAGCAAUGUCCAACACGAAAAAGAGAGCGGCGCCCAGCCAAGAAGGCGGCGAGGGCGGCCAAAAGGCAAAGAAGCAGAAGAAGAAGUCGGCCUACCAGGUCGACGAGACGCUUCUCAACGCCGAGCUGGGCAUCAACGAGUCCUUUGCCGUCAUGGACAACCAGCUCCUCGCAGACUACACGGCGCAAAAGAUUUCCCGCUUCGGUACGGAUCUGAGUCCGGUUGAGCUUUCGGAUCUGUCCAUCUCUGCAAACGCCAUCAAGGACACGACAUCCUGGACGCGGCCCCGCGCCCUGGACAACCUCCCCGCCUUCCUCGAGAACUUUGCAGAGAGGCCCGACAGGCUCUUCACGGCGCCCAAGGUCAAGGGCGCGCCGCACACCAUCAUCGUCGCUGCUGCGGGCUUGAGGGCGGCGGACGUCGUGAGGGCCGUGAGGAAGUUUCAGGGGAAGGAGAGUACCGUUUCCAAGCUGUUUGCAAAGCACAUGAAGGUAGACGAGCAAGUCCAGUUUCUGCAAAAGACAAGAACGGGCAUCGCGGUCGGAACGCCCGCCAGACUCAUGGAGUUGGUAGACAAUGGAGCCCUAAAACUAGACAAACUCCAGCGCCUCGUGGUCGACGCCUCGCACAUUGAUCAAAAGAAGCGCGGCAUCAUGGACAUGAAGGACACGAUGCUCCCGCUCGCGCGGUGGUUGUCGAGGAAGGAGUUUAAGGAGCGGUACGGGGACGAGCAGAAGCCUUUGGAUUUGAUUUUUUAUUAG